AUGCUGCUGCUGGUUCUAUUGGGGGCAGCCUAUGCUGCUGCUGGUGCGCUGGGGGCAGCCUAUGCUGCUGCUCGUUCUGCUGGGGGCAGCCUAUGCUGCUGCUGGGUCUGUUGGGGGCAGACUAAGCUGCUGCUAGUGCGCUGGCGGCAGCCUAAGCUGUUGCUGGUGCGCUGGGGGGGGGAAGAGGGGGGGGGGGGGGGGGGGGCAGCCUAUGCUGCUGCUGGUUCUUAUGGGGGCAGCCUAUGCUGCUGCUGGUUCUGCUGGGGGCAGCCUAUGCUGCUGCUGGCUCUGCUGGGGCAGCCUAAGCUGCUGCUGGUUCUGGCUGCUGCUAGUGCGCUGGCGGGGAAGCUGCUGCUGGUGCUACUGGCGACAGUGGAAGCUGCUGCUGGUGCUACUGGCGGCAGUGGAAGCUGCUGCUGGUGCUACUUGCGGCAUGGUAAGCUGUUGGGGGAGGCGAGUUUCAGCGUGGGGUGGCGGUUUCAGGUGUGGGGCGGCGGGUUUCAGGUGUGGGGCGGCGGGUUCAGGUGUGGUGCGGCGGGUUUCGGUGUGUGGCGGCGGGUUUCAGGUGGGGGGGCGGUUUCAGGUCGUGGGGACGGUGGGGUUCGGGUGGUGCGGCGGUUUCAGGUCAUAGGGACGAUCAAGGUAGCUGGCGACGGGUGGGGAAGGGCACGGCUAACGGCUGUGACGUGUGCGCGACUGCUGCUACGUAUGCGUACGGUCGCGGCGUACGCGCGCGCGGCUGUGCGCGCGGCUAAUUCUACGCGUGCAGCUACGCGCGUGAUUCUGCUGCGCGCUAGCGGGCUGGCGGGCAACGCGCGGGGCAAAAACAGGUGGGGAGCGAGGAAAAAAAUGGGUGACGCGUGGCGGCGACGGGGGGCGCCAUCUACGGGCGCUACGGGGGCGUGA